AUGGAACGUGACAUGUUCGCGUGGAACACCACGUUCCCAUGCAUCACCGUGUGCCCCGACUUAAAGGUGGAUGCGCAAAAGCUAGCUGUAUAUAUCAAGAAUUCGGACGAGCCUAAUAAAACGAAGCUGGAGGAAUUCGUCACCGCCCUUGUGAACGCAUCCUUUCAAACAUUCGAUUCGAUACCCGAAUAUGAUAGGAUACCGGCCGAUGAUUACAUGCGGCUGAUACUGGACCUCGCGCCAGAUUUUAAGCCCGGGAUAAAUAUUGGGACGACGGGUGUCACCCUGAGCCUCGUGCCGACCAUCACCGAAAUGGGCUUGUGUUACGCAGUAAGCUCGAGGGUGGCAAUCUACAACUCUCCAUGGUACAGAGCUAACGAUAAAUGGGAUUUGAUGAAAGCAGAAAACGAAACCUUCUUCGUUCAUCCCCUAGAUGGAGAGGUUUUCGCUCAACUCCUUAAUAUAUCUAGCUCCUACGUUGUCUACAUUCACGGGCCGUACGAAGUUCCCGACAUAUCGACGAAGCACCAACACGCCUUGAAGAAUUUUUACAUGAAAAUCUACGUAACGGCCGUAACGGUGUACACAUCACCUGAAGCGGCUAAACUAAGGGUCGCACAGCGAAGAUGCCGUUUCCCUCACGAGAAUGUUCUAAAACACAACGCCGUUUACACUUACAUCAUGUGCAGGAUGGAGUGCCGUUUAAAGCUUUGCCUCAAAUAUUGCGGUUGUGUACCACACUUUUACAGAAGGAUCCGUGAG